AUGUCUGAUUCUGAAUCUGAAGUGAAGUUGGACGAAAAAGACGCAGAAGAUGUCGAAGAACAAUCUCUUCAUGAGUUAUCUGCAACAUCAUCAGAUCAAGAUCAUAUAUCGACUGUGCUGGAUCCAACCCCAGAAAACUCCAGACCAGAGAUAACAGUCAUAUGUGGUAUAUGUGAGCGUUACAUCAAUGUGCAUGAAUUAACUACACAUGCAAUGUAUCACAAUGCAUUACAAGUGUUUAGAUUGAAAGAACUUCCGGAGACGAUAGAGAUUCUGCUGAAACAACGUGACAUUCUCCUUCAACGUAUACAAAAUCUAGUAUUGUCGGAAGAAUCAUAUUUAAAGCACAUGAAGACAAUCAAUGAUACAUUUCAAAUUCUGAGAAGAAAGAUCGAUCCGGAUGAUUAUUUCGAUGAUCCUUAUAUCUAUGAAAAUAAUGAGACAUCAAGUAUUCAAGGCAUUAGUUUCAUCCCACGUAAUCAAAUCUUUUUAAGUGUUGGAAUGUGCACCAGCCAGAAUCGACAAUACAAAGUUGAAAUGGAAGAUACAAUGAAAUUUAUCGAUGGUUUCGGAGGUAACGAUGCUAAUACUUAUAUUGGUGUAUUUGAUGGAUAUAAUGGCAAAGCAGCGAGUACAUUGUGUCGAGAUCAUCUUCAUGAAGCCAUUCUUUUCGAAAUGUCGAAAACUACGAAAGAUCUAAAUAGUGCCGAAGUCGAUGAUGCUCUGAUCAAUCGUUUAUACACUCGAAUGAUCGAUCCAUCGAAUUCCACUUGUGAAAUACAAGAUGUUGGUGAUGCGCAUCGUUUAUCUUACUUAAAAAUGGAUCAUUUUCUUUCACGUGGUAUGUAUGAAACAUCCAAAGUACGUUGGAGUGGAACGUCAACAUUGACAGCAGUUAUUACACUGAACGAUAAACUUGACGAAUCUCUUCUCGAAUUAGAAGAAGGAGAAGCAGAAUUACCAACUAAAAUUGGUUGUAUUCAUUUGUCGAAUUGUGGAAACGUCGAAGCGUUGGGAAUACGAACUGAUAAAACAUUCUUGAUGACACAAAAACAUAGUUUACAUAAUAAACGCGAACGUGAACGAGUUUUAGAAACAGGUAUUCCAAUCAGUAACAAUGGUCUAAUCGAUGGUAUUUUCGAAACGACUCGCGGUCUCGGUAAUCAUGGUGAUAAAGAUUUGAAGAAAUGCGUUAUCAAUACACCAUAUUGUCAAACUUAUGAAAUUGACUCAAAUUUCGAAUGUAUUAUAAUUGCUACGGAAGGUCUUUGGGAAGCACUUAGUUAUGAUAUAGUUGUUGAAAUUGUAACACAAUGUUUACCAUCUCAUGAGAUACUCGUACCGAAUCGUGCCCGCACUGCCGUUCAAUCUACUUUCGAAAUUUAUGAUCCGUCAAGAACAACUCCUUACUUACCUAAUGAGGACGAAAUCAUUGCCUGCAUGGAUGAAAUCUUAGAUUUAUUCGAAGAACAGAAUCAAGACGACGACAUUGAUAAGCUGUACUUUUCCUCAAUACGCAAUCGUCGGGUACAAUGCAUCGAACAUGAUAUUCAACAAGAUGUAUGGAAUUCUCUGCCGGAAAAAUAUCGUUUUCGUUUAGAAUUAGCAAAGAUCAUUUCCGAACGAUUAGUUUCUGCAGCAUUACUGGCUCAAUCAAAGUCAAAUAUCAGUGUUAUCUGUCUUUUACUACCCGGUGCCAUUGUUGCUUAG